GACUUUCAUCCAAUUGCCUCCUCUCUUUGACCAUCACUGCUCAUGUUGGAAGAGAAUACCCAAUGUUGGAGGAAUGGCUUCCGUGCUUGGUAUUACACAAAGACAGUAGAAUUUCCGCUAUGAGUCACUGAGUUACACACAACGUGCACGUUACGCAAGUUGCUGGAUCUUAGGGACUCUGUUGGCUUCUUUUAUUUCUUGUAUACCCUUUUUAUCUCUAUCUCUGCUACUGAAUUGCGGUCUACAAAAGUUUUCUUUUCUCGUGCAGACCAAGGUUACAGUCAAGCACUCCUCAAAAUGGCGGGCCAUACUUCUCACCCAAGAUCCAUUGGGAUCAUUGGGAUGGGUGAUAUGGGAAGGAUGUAUGCUCAGCGCUUGAGCCAAGCGGGUUGGAGCAUUAAUGCGUGCGACAAACCUACCAAUUAUGACACACUGAGGCAAGAAUUCAUAUCCCAUACAAAUAUCAAUAUAUUACCCAACGGACAUUUGGUCUCCAGAGUUAGCGACUACAUUAUCUACAGUGUAGAGGCAGAAGCCAUCAACAAAAUUGUGGCGGAGUAUGGCCCAUCAACCAAAGUUGGCGCGAUUGUUGGUGGUCAGACUUCCUGCAAAGCCCCAGAGCUGGCUGCUUUUGAGAACCAUCUUCCUGGGGACGUGGAGAUUAUUUCGGUUCAUUCCCUACAUGGACCGAACGUGAACCCUAAAGGACAGCCGUUGGUCUUGAUUCAGCACAGAGCCUCUGACGAGAGCCUCAGGUUUGUUGAAAGUGUGUUUGCGUCUUUCGAAUCCAAAUACGUUUACCUCACCGGGGAGAGGCAUGAUCGAAUCACAGCGGACACUCAGGCCGUGACGCAUGCUGCAUUUUUGAGUAUGGGAACUGCGUGGCAAGCCAAUAACCAAUUCCCGUGGGAGAUAUCUCGAUAUGUGGGUGGAAUUGAAAACGUCAAAAUUAAUAUCACAUUACGCAUCUACUCGAAUAAGUGGCAUGUCUAUGCUGGCCUUGCGAUAUUGAACCCUGCUGCCAAAAGACAGAUCCGUCAGUAUGCAGAAUCAGUGACCGAACUAUUCAAAUUGAUGUUAGGCGGCCAUCGUGAUGAGCUUAAGCGCAGAGUCAAGGCUGCCAGGGCGGCUGUAUUCAGGUCUGAUGCAGUGAAACAAAAUUUGCUGCUAGAAGAUGAAGUGCUUGAUCGGUUCUCCCUGUCCCGGGGGCUGACAGAGAAGACGCCGAAUAACCAUCUCAGUCUGCUGGCAAUUGUUGACUGUUGGUGGAAAUUGGGAAUUGUUCCCUACGACCAUAUGAUCUGUUCAACUCCACUCUUUCGGCUUUGGCUUGGGGUGACGGAGUAUUUAUUUCGAAAAGAGGACCUGUUAGACGAAGUCCUCGAUAUUGCCAUUGAUGACAAUACGUUCCGGUCCGACGAUCUCGAGUUUACAUUUGCCGCUCGAGCAUGGUCUGACUGCGUUUCGUUCGGCGACUUUGAAUCUUAUCGAGAUCGUUUCGAGAGAAUACAAAACUACUUUGCACCUCGGUUCCCCGAAGCUGUCAGACUUGGAAAUGAGAUGAUGAAAACGAUCCUGGAGAAAACGGAGAAACCAGACAUCCCACUCGCUGCACGUCAAAAAGUGCCGCAAUAAGGAUCUUCCACCAAAAAUAUGCUCACGCUACUUGCCACGCAGUCGGUGUCAUUCCCGGCCCUCUACCUGGUGUAACACUCGCAAGAACCGCAUUCGAAUCCAUACUCCGGUUUUUUCUGCAGUUAUAUCUCGGGAACUAUUAUGGUUUGAAUGAAUCCAUGAGCACGGGGUUAUCCUGAUGACGGGAUCUAAUGGGAAUAGCAUCCCUGGCUGCCCUUUUG